CCCGAUUGUCUUAUCAUCUGUCCUGGGGUUGACAGGGAGGGGAGCUUCCGCCGCCUGCUCCUGACAGCUCAUGCUCUGGCGGCGGUGAGAGAUGUGUUUGGUUCUGGCUGGAGCUUGACUGCCUUGCCUCAUCCACAGCAACCACCUCCUCCCAAGGCCUUAUCCUCUUCCACCGGUAGAGAGGCAAUUGCGCGGCCAAGUGUCCAUACCAAGACCUGCCACACGUCCAAUUAGUCUAUUGGUUCUCUCAACGGUUUUAUAUUCAACACCCACGGGCAAUUAUUUCAGGUGUUAAGGUCUAGAGGGCGGCGGGAUCCCGGGCUGCAACAGUGGUGAGCCACUGAACCAUCGAGCUGUUGAGCUGGCACCCCGCGGGUUGCAUGAAAUGCCCCGCCAAGUCGAACAGCGGAGGCCUGGAGGCGGUGGCGGUCCAGGCACAAGCACAAGCAAGCGGCGGACCCCACUGCUGCCGUUGCUUGCCGUGGUCUUAGCGGCCCUCGUAGCUGUCCUCUCGAGAAAUCUCUUUUAUUCCAGCUCCCGGACCCCAACCGUCUCCUGUCCAGCCGCCGACUCUCCUGCCUCUAUCAACACAGACAUCCUUCCUGUUCGUUCAGAAGAGCCACCUCAACCACCAGUCACCAUGUCCGCCUCCGAACAGACCUUCAUUGCUAUCAAGCCUGAUGGCGUCCAGCGUGGCCUCGUUGGUCCCAUCAUCCAGCGCUUCGAGCAGCGUGGCUACAAGCUCGUCGCCAUCAAGCUGGUCACUCCCAGCAAGGAGCACCUCGAGACUCACUACUCUGACCUGAAGGACAAGCCCUUCUUCCCCGGUCUGCUCUCUUACAUGCUGUCUGGCCCCAUCGCCGCCAUGGUCUGGGAGGGCCGUGACGCCGUCAAGACCGGCCGUGUCCUGCUCGGUGCCACCAACCCCCUGGCCUCCGCCCCCGGCACCAUCCGUGGUGACUUCUCCAUCGACGUCGGCCGCAACGUCUGCCACGGCUCCGACUCUGUCGAGAGCGCCAAGAAGGAGAUUGCCCUCUGGUUCAAGGAGGGUGAGCUCGUCAGCUACAAGUCCGCCCAGCACGACUGGAUCUACGAGAAGCCUUAAAUGGUUUCCUCACCACACGACCAGCACUGUUGAACCCUCCGUGGACAUGGAUCAUCAUGCAUUCAAGAAUGCGUGGUUGACUGCCCCAGGAUCCCUCAGAUAGAGCGGCGAUAGUAAACGGGAAAAAAUAUAAAAGCUUCGACACACAAGAGCCACUCGACAGUGAAAGCAACUGCCUCGCCCCCUGGGGACUCGUGCUAGUAGCAGACAGUGGAUCACCUCACGUAGUCCUGGGUUGCUCAUGAGAGCUCGGAAGGUGCAUAUUUUUGGAAUGAGCUUGCCAAGCGGUUCUACACGAGAGCCACACCAACUCAUUACUGCCGCCUCUUGCCCAGGGGCAGGACUCGUCGCACCCGGCCCAUCAAACCAGCAAACCAAGGGGUCGCCCACAGGCUGAACACGAUCCGCGCGGGCAACAACACCUUGGUGAUGGCAUACGCCAGCGCGACCUCCACCACGAUCCUGUACUUUCCAUCCGAGCCCUCCCACCGGCGCAUGACAGCAUCACUGCCAUCAGCCCCAGCCGCCCCGGCCGCCCCAGCCGCCUCGACCCCCGUGGCGGCCUGGUCACUGUCUUCUUGCCCGAAACCAAACCACUUCUUCCUAGUAAAGUACCGCUCAAACCUCGCCGUCCCGUCCCGCACGUAGUCCCCGUAGUGCUCCAUCAUGUACCCCAUGGGCGCGGCCGACGCGCCGCCGUAGUGGAACAGGCCAAAGAGCCCGAGGAGCGGCACCACGGCCGUGAUCUCGUGCAGCACGAGGAAGGCCACGACGUGUGACAACGGCGCGCUGCGGAGCCGGCCUGCGUAGCCCUGCAUGCUGCGCGGCAGGCGCGACAGGAUCCGGUCUGCCCGGGACUGUCGCUUGCUCGCCGCCGCCUCCUCCGCCGCUGCUCCCGCCGAGGACGGGGGCGGGGGCGGGGGCGGGGGCGGGGCCUUUGUGCUGUUGAGGCGCCCCGCUGGUUGUGCGAAGCGUGUCCCCGGCUGGCGGAGGGGCCGGAGGACGUGGGAGAGGCGGUUCCUCCACCACAUGGCCGUCUUGGUUGUCGGCGGACGAUUUGGGGACGAGUUGAUUUGCCGGGCAAGGCGACAGGAUAGUACUGAGUGCGAUGGGUUCUUCGCUCAACCGUGUUUAUAAUUUCGAAUCAACCAUUGUGCGCCCUCUCGCCGUCUUUGGCAGCUGCCACGUUUUGCAACAGUGUCAGGAACAAGCUGUUGCUUGUCUGGAGCUGGAGCCGGAGCUGGAGCUAUUGGAUAUUAA